AUGUCCGGCUCCGAGACGCCAGGCGGCCUGGAGGCGCGCAUGACGUCGAUGUCCCUGUCGGGACACGACAAAUCCAACACAAAUGCAUCGAAUGGUGCUGGUGGAGCAACGGCACUGACCAACGCGACGUGGCUCGCGGCUCAGCAGCAGAAAGCGGCCCAUAAACCCUUUCAGCCUCGUCCUCUCAAGAUGGUGGCAAGCAUGGAUGGCAAGAUUGCCCCGCGUGCUCCCUUGACGUCGAAGCAUGCUGUUGGAAAUGUGCCUGCACCUACUUCGACCGAAAAGAGGGUCGUGCGCACACCCAGCCUGUCCUCGACGCGGCCUCCACCGCGCGAGGAGAAAAAGACGGCGCAUGCCGUGCCGCGUACGCACACUCAAGAGCCCCAAUUCGACCUCGGACGUUACGAUGGUGGUCUUGAGCGUGACGAGAACAAGGGCCGGCGAAAUACCUCGGCCAAGACAAGUGGAGACAGCGACACGCUUGCUAUGGACUCGUCCAUGGACGGCUUGUCUCACCAGCCGACUCGCCAAUGGAGCUUGUCGCAGUUUGAGAUUGGCCGUCCACUCGGGAAGGGCAAGUUUGGACGUGUAUACCUGGCGCGAACCAAGGCCGCGACCUCGUCCAAACUCAACAACCAAGGCUAUGUCGUGGCGCUCAAGUGCGUCUACAAGAAGGAGCUCAUGGAAAACAAGGUGGAUCUGCAGCUGCGUCGCGAGAUUGAAAUCCAGAUGAACCUGCGCCACCCCAACGUCCUGCGUAUGUUUGGGUACUUCCACGACCAGGGCCGUAUCUUUAUGAUGCUCGAGUUUGCCGGGCGUGGCGAGCUCUUCAAGAUCCUGUCCAAGAUCCCCGACCGUCGUUUCGACGAGCGGACCGCGGCACGCUACAUUUCUCAAAUCGCCGAUGCGCUUCAAUACCUGCACUCUAAGCACAUUAUCCACCGCGACAUCAAGCCUGAGAACCUCUUGGUCGGUAUUCGUGGCGAAGUCAAGAUUGCCGACUUUGGAUGGAGUGUGCACGCGCCCGGUAACUGCCGCGGCACGCUGUGUGGUACACUGGACUAUCUCCCUCCCGAGAUGGUGGAAGGCAAGAAACACAGCGGUGCCGUGGAUCUCUGGGCCAUGGGCGUUCUGACUUAUGAGUUUUUGGAAGGGGUUCCGCCCUUUGAGGACCUGAAAGCGGUGCAAACGACAUACAAGCGCAUUGCAUCUGUGGAUCUCCAUAUACCGUCGCACUUUAGCGAGGAAGCCAAGGACCUGGUCCGCUCGCUUCUCAAGUACAACCCCGCGGAGCGUCUGCCGCUGUCCAAGGUGCUCCGGCACCCCUGGAUUAUGCGUCACGAUCCCGAAGCGCAUAUUCGCGCUGCGCGUUUCUGUCCUGAAAAGGUAUAG